AUGGCGACCAUGACAAUGCCCUCGCCUCCUUCCACUUCCACCUCGCCACUACUACACCGGAGACGAAACUCGUCCCAGUCCCUCUCCAUGGACCUCUCCGACCUCCCGCAGCUCUCGCAGCCCACGCCGCCGAGCAACACCCUCAUCAUCACCAACCUCAACUCUCUCGACAUCUUCACAGCCUCCAACCUCGAAAGCAUACGAAACGCAAUCAACCAGCACGCCCCGAUCCAAACGUUCUCGCCUCUCAAGAGCUUCCGCCGCAUCAUCGUCAGCUUCUACACGAGCGAAGAUGCGAUCCAGAUCCGUCAAGUCCUGGAUGGCGAAACCGUCCUGGGCGACCGCGUGAGGGUCUACUUUGGACAGGAGACCAAGAUCGAGCAGGAGCCGCAACACCUACAAGCCCCGCAGAGCCAGAAGCUGUUCUUCAUCUCGCCGCCGCCGAGUCCGCCCGUUGGAUGGGAGAUGCGCAACGAGGAGCCCCCGAACAAGGACGUGCACGCCGAAGACCUGGCAGAUGCGCUGGCCAGGUUGCGUGCUCGGCCUGGUGCAGAUGACGCCCUGAAGCAAGAUGCCAACGGAGAUGUCCAGGCCAGGCCGACGGUUGACACCACCGUGGGUAGGCAGAGGUCGGGCAGUACACUGUUAUACAACCCUCACGAGCAAGGCCACUCGCCACACUUGCCCGCGAUAGCUGUCGAGGAUACAGAGAGCCCGGCAUCGUUGGCUGGCAGUCCCAUGGAGGGAGUGGAGAAGAAGUUUGUUCAUACGGCGAGGCCGCCAGUGGAGUUAAUGGAGUAA